AUGGCGAAGAAGGGGUCGCUCAAGAAACGCUCCAAGCGGGAGGAGGAGGAGGUUGUCGAGGACCUUGAUCUAGACGUGGAAGAUUACGCCGUAGAGGACGAAGAUGUCGUCCACAACCGCCGCAGCAAGGCACAAGGGAAGGAACGUGAAGAGCUGGCGGCUGUGCUGCCAUCGGAUGCCCACAAGCUGGAGGGAUACGAUGACGAUGAUGACGAACGGGGAGCCCAUCUAGAAGAGGAGGCCCUCGCUUUGGAGGUAAACAAGAGCAUGCGGCGGAAGGUAAUCGAGUCGGACUUUGAUGUUGGCGGCAUCACGGCUGGCGCCAAGCGGAAGCGGAGCAGUGAGACAAGCAAGACACUCAACGUUGCACCUGUUAUUGAGGCUGUGGAGCGUGACUACGCUGCCCUCUCGUCCUCGGAACGCAUAGCCAUCGUGCAGAAGGAGUCUCCAGAGAUGAUCAAGAUGCUGGAGGAGAUGAGGCAGUACCUUGCCGAGGUGAAGGAAUUAGCCAAGCCUCUCCAGGAGUUACUCUUCCAACGUCGCUUGUCCGACGCGGACCGCAGCCUCGUCCAGUUCCUAGAAACGAAAGUGCAGUUAAUGCUCAGCUACUGCAUGCACGUCACAUUCUACUUGCUCCUUAAGACUGAGGGCAAGAAGGUGGCGGGGCACCCAGUCAUUGACAACUUGGUGGAGAUACGCGUGUAUCUUGAAAAGCUGUUCCCGCUGGAGGAGAAGCUGCAUUACUCGCUUAAUCGUCUCCUCAGUGGCAAGACCACAGCCGCGGCUCACCUUGACUCUCUGCGCCCGCUCCAGCACAACGAGCGCGGGUCACUCGCAGCGAAUACAGAGGGCAAGAAGAAUCGCAAGCAACUGGAGGCGAUAAAGAAGGCCGAUGAGAUUGAGAAGGAAGAGUUGGCCACCAUGAAUCGCAUACGGGCCAAGAAGUCAGACAUCACCAACGAAGCCUCCUCUUUUGAUCGCAAGACAGCAGUAUCGGCGCUGGGAUACCACGAGGAUGAGGAUCAGUACUUUGCGAAAUUGACAGCCGGCGAUGAUGAAGAGGAGGAGCAGGGUCUAUCGCUCAUUGAGCGGCUGCGGAAGCGCCAGCGUGCGCUCACCGACACCACCAACAUCAACAAUAAUGACUUUGAUGAGGACGAUGACACCGGCGUUGUGGACGAUGAUGAUGAUGAUUUUGAUGAUGAUGAUGAUGAUGGCGCUGAGGACGACCUCCUCAGCGAAGGCGAGGAUGAAGACGAGGGCAACUACGAGACACUGCUGGAGGAAGAGCAUGAGCGUGAGCUCCAGCAGGCGGCCGAUCAGUCACGGCCGAGGCCCAAGUUGGUGGAGCCAGUGGUGGAGAGGCGCAAGACGAGCAAGAAGAUCGAAACGCAUCGCGGUCUCACCAAGUCUCGCCCGAAGGACCGCAAGACGCCACGCACUGCGCAGCGUCGCAAGUACGAGAAGGGCAUGCGUAUACACAAGGCCCAGACACGCACUGUCCAGCCUGAGCCAGAGGGGGGCUUUAUUGGUGUAUCGUCCAUCAAGUCUGGGGUUACGCAGAGUGUUCGGUUUUAG